UGGUGUGCAAAUGUGUGCUGGUUUUUUUAAAGCAAUCGAUAUGCAAAUGCACUGAAAUUGAUGAAAAAUGCUAAGUAAAUUUUCUCAGAGGAUUUCGCUCUCUGUGUUAUAUUUGUUGGUCGAAAGUCAAAGAAACCCGUAUAAAAACCGAAGUGUGGCAAGUGCCACCGUACAACAACCACUUGCCUUUACAUUACUUCCUCCUCACUCUGGCGCUACUGCCACAGUCUGGCCUACACCUUUUAAGCACUUGUUUUUGUUUUGAUUGUCUUUUGUUGCCGCUGGAACUGGCUUUAGCACUGAAACUGGCAUUGGCACCUAGCCGAGCAAUUCUUCAGCAUAACUGCUUUGAUGCUCAAGAAAGUCGUAUAAGCUGUGGUCAUGACUUUCAGUCUGCGCUGGACUUGUAUCGUGAUCGGUUGUGUUUUACGGAAGAAGUGUUUAAUUUACAGUUUUAUUGCCGGCAAGUAACGAAAAUCAACGCAAGGUGUUAUGAAAAUUUAAAUUCUUUUGUUGCUCGGUGUGCGUUGAAGCGAUUUGUUUUUUUAAAGUUGUUACCCAUAUUAACGUGUUUAUAUAUUUUUUAAAUGGACUGUUAAAAAUUGAACUCCUUGUACUUGACCAGAAAUAUCGAAAAUAUCAAGUGAUAAUAUUAUUUGAAUUUAUAUAAAAUUUGCAACUAUAUGCAUCUGUCCAUUGCAUUUAAAAAUUAUUACACAAUUUAAAAUUUUUCGAUUGUUGAAUAUGAUAGGAUAAAUACAUGAGUUUCUUAAUUAUAUUGGAAUUGGUUAAAAUGGCAUUGAUUAUACAAAGAAACUGAGUUUGGAUAUUAAAUACAGCUUUUCUGAAAAUCAUCAAAAAAAGACUUGAUCCGUUGUAUGCAUCAGUCGCUGAUUAUUUUCAUAUUUUAUGCGCGCUUUUUGAGUUAAAAUGCUUCAUCACAUCUGCUUAUCUGUCGUAAAAAACCACUGAAGAACACAAUCAAAACAAAAUUGAAAACUUAUAAACAUACCACGCAGACGACAGAUAUUACUGAAGAAUCAUCAGGAAUCGGUGAAUGACACAAUGGCCGAUAGUCGAGAGCGUAUACGUGGUCCACCACGAGAUGGUCGCGAAUUUCUCACAAGUCCCAGACAGGUAUUGCGUCGCUUAAUGUUACUCUCCGAAGGACGUCAAUACAGAGAGGCGGCAGGUGUUGUGGGUCGACUGGGCCUGUCCGUUUUGCGUUCAGUUAUAGCAGAGUUGCCCAUCGACUUGCUGCUGGAACAUCUGCCACACAGCGCCUAUCUGUUGGAGUCAUUUUUUACAAGAUUAAUCACCGUUAACCCCUCACCAAAACCGGAUGUGCCCAUAGAAUCAGUUGUGUGGCAGCUGGUGCGUCUCUUUUCAUAUCCCCACGAAUCAGGUAUGCGGCAACGUUGUGCAAAGCUUACACAAGCCAUAGCACAGUAUGAACCCAAUUUGCGUCAGACACUGCGCGAGCGCCGAAAAUCCUUCGAUAACGCUGUACAAGGUUUGGGUGUUCACGGUCUCACCACAGACGCCACCGGUCAGCUAAUAUCAUUGCAUCAUGCGCUCAAGACCGAAUUGCAAAGGCAUUUGGAUAUCUACAAAAUGGCCAUACACAAAUUGGAGGAGCUGAGCAUGGUAAACGCGCAUCAAGAUCCAGCACAUUCCUCGCAUCAACGGUUACUUGCCAUCAACUACGGUGACAUACAACAAAGACUGAUCGAGAACAAAACCCUACUCACCAUGCUGGAUAAGCCGGCAUUAAAGCAGCUAGCAUGUCUUAUGGAGAAUCUUAGUCAACGUGUGGAGAACGACAAAGAGGUGCUGAAGUGUGUGGGUCAAGUGAAACGUUUAGAUGGUAAGGCUUGUAUAGAGAAACGACCGGCGGCGGGGUUGCUAAUGAACUUUGCGCAAGGCUGCGAAGCCGUGCUACAGCUUAUGGGUCCCGAAAGUCUACCAACAAGUCCGACUGCCAUUUGCAGCGGUAGCAACAGUAGUAACUGCAGUGAUGGCUAUCAUUCGGAUGAUUCAACCAGCGAAGAAACGAGUGAAAUGGUAACUCAAUACCGUACGCUAUAUCUGGAGAACCGAGCGGACACUUUGGAGGCUUUGGAUGGAUUGCCGCAGCUGAAACAUGUUCAAAAUUUGAAAGCGAAAAUACUCUUUUCGAUAAUUGUGUUGUCAUUUCGUCUGUGCCAUGCUAUGCGCGAAAGGAAAGUAAUUGAAGUGCGCCGGGUAUUGAAUUGCGCCUUGGACUCGUCGAGUGAGAGUACGCUUGCCUUGGAUCGUUCGGUGCGCACACAUUUGCAGGAGACCGUUGAAUUCUUUCCGGUUGGAGAAAUUGAACGUUCCGUUUUCAAUCAGGUGCUUUCCACUCUCCACGAAUAUCCCUGCUUGGAAUCAUGUCCACCCUUAACGCAUUUCGUCAGCGCCUGCGUACGCUUGGCUUGGCGCAUGAUUAACCAGAAGUCACCUUACUACCUUGAUAGUGAUUUCAAUCUUGGUUUCUUGCGCCCGGAGAAGCACGAACGGCAUUCACAAUCAGAUCGGCGCUCCGACUUGAUCAAAGCAUUUCUUUGGCCAGCGCUAAUGCAGAACAACCACUGUGUAUUCAAAGCGAUAGUAGCCACUUAGAACAAGCUUGCAACUUUCGUAAACAUAAAAUUAAAGUUUAUAUAACUGUUACUUGCCUUAAAUAGUGCCUAGAGGCCGGUUUCACAUAGAGUUUAUUUAGCCACUUUUUCUUGUGUAACAGUUCUCAUUUAAAAUUCCAAUCUUUAUUAGCAUGAAUCUGCUGCAAGUCUCUUCCAAUAUGUACAUACAUACAUAUAAAUAUACAUAG